AUGUCAGUGGAAAACAGACACAAAUUGGCUCAGGUCAGGGCGUACAUGAGGGUGGCGGCGGAUAAGCAACACCCACUUCACAAAGCCAUUGAAGCAAUCAAGGGAAAUUGCCUAAAACGAGGAGCUUCUUGGAUGGCUGAGGCUGAGAAUACCAUCAAGGAAGUCUGCCGACUGGAAGAUAUAAAGCGGGAUAAUUACAAAUUAGUGACGUCUUUGAAAAACGACGAUCCGGAUCUGAGCGUUUUUCUCGGUGUGGGCGGUCCCAGCGAUAUCUCCCUGGAUUUCUCCUCUCUGGUAAACAGCACGGAGAUGAUGGAGGAGUUUGCCAGUAACGCAGCGCGUUAUCUGAGGGACAGUAGCCUGGGUCGCUAUGGGGGUCACAGUGGGACUGCAGCUCGGUCUCCCAGAAAUAGGAAAUAUCACGCUGUGAUCCCCAACACUAGCAAGGAUUGGGAAGGGGAGUGGCUCAGAAGGGGGGAGAGGGUCCUGUCCAGAAGUUUUGAUGAGGAGUCCAGCUCAACAGGUUUACCUGUCUUGAGACUGGCUUUAGCAAUUUCUGGAGACAGAGAUAUUAUUGACACUGCUUAUGACAUCAACGCUUUGCAACAGAGUGUCAAUUUUGUCUUGGUCAAGGCGUACGAUUUCUACACCAGCGAGUUUCCUUUACUGGGUCAUCACGCUGCGAUUUAUCCCAGCGAGAACGACCAAGGCUUCGGAGAGGACAAGAAUGUGGACUUCGCCAUACAGUACCUGUUGUACUUAGGAGUACCAAGCACCAAGCUUAUCAUGGGGUUACCUUCCCACGGCAGAUCCUUCAAGUUCCUCAACGAGAGCGAAAAAUAUUUUGGUGCCCUACAUGGUGGGAACGGUGUGCCUGGCCCAUACUCCCAGAUUCCUGGAAUACUCACGUACUAUGAAACAUGUGAUCUUCUCAACAAGGGAUGGACGUCCAGCUUCCACGAAGAACACCAGGUUCCCUUCGCUUUUAGCAGUGAAGAAAUUGUCACCUACGAUGAUGUCGGCAGUAUGACAGCGAAGGUAGGAAUUUAG